AUGGGAGUGUCAGGCAGCUCGCGUGAUGGCAGCACAAUGCGACAUUACAUUAUAUUGGCUGAAGCAGCGGCUGCAGAUGCGGGCAUGCCAGGCCAGGCAAGGCGCUGGGAUGGGAUGCAGUCCGGCGUGAGGGCGAAAGAGGCCAAGCUACCACUCGCGCCUGCGGGAGCGGGUGCGGCCGCCGCCCGCCGAGCCGUGGUGCAGAGUUUCUCGUGCGCAAGCGGAGGCAGCGGCAGCGGAGGCGCGCGUGCAGCGCUGUCGCCCUCGCCGUCGCCGUUUCACGCUUGCAAAAGAAAGUGGCCUCACGCGAGCGAAGCUAAUCUCGGGGCAAGGCAGCAAAGGAUUAUGAUGCAAGCAAAGGAGGCAGCGGGCCGCGGCCACCACUGGGCACUGGGCAGUCCACAGCCUGCAGCGCUCCCGUCCAGCAGGAAAUCGGCCCUCGUCAUCGCACCUCGGCCUGCUCCUUCCUCCCGCUCUGCAUCCUCCACCCUCUAUGGCCCUGACCGCGAAUCGGCCCAAUCGAGCAUCGCCAAAUCAUCCUGCCUCGACAAUGCACGCCGCGCCUGCCAACCAGCACAACCAGGAGUAAACGAGCACGCCAACAGCAAAUUUGACUUUCAACACCCAACCCGUCCCUUCCUCGACCACCACCGCUCAACGCCACAUCCUCUACGGAGACAUGCAGCCAAACGAGCACGCCAACAAUCCUACGCUGGACUCCUUGCACCACACUUGUUCAAUGCCUCAUUAUUCACUCGUAAUCCAUGCAGACACGCCUUCCUCACAUAUCGAAACCCGGUCGCUGCAGCCCUCUCCCCUUCUUCUUCACGCCUGUCGAGAAACGAGCACGCCAACAAUUGUGCAAUCAUGGCUCCGAGCAACCAUCAGAAACAACCACGAGCCUUAUCUGCAGCUUGA